AUGGAGCUCAUGUUGCGUUGUCGAAUAUAUGCAAGCAGAGGCUGGACAAUGGCGGGAAGUUUUGAGACUGAGGAAGAUGAUGAAAGAAGAGAAACUCGAGAAAGCUCUAAGAUGGAGCCUUGUUGUCACUUAAUCGAGUUUCUAACAUGGCUUUCGUAUGGAAUAUACUUGCCAUUUUUGGAAAAGGACUACUUAUGCAAGAACAGUUGGAAAGUCAAGGAUCCUAAUAAAAUGCAUAAUGCCGAGCCCCUUAUGUCAGCUGAGAAAUUUACAAGCAACUACUUUAAUUGGCACUUCAAUGGAAUAUGGGCUGUUUCAUUCAGAAUGAUCAGAAAGAACAGCGCAGGUUGGAGCCACCCGACUACAGUGACAUUGUCUGGACCACUAUCAAAGGGGCCUAUAUCCCCCUUGAUUGAUACCUUUAAUGUAACAUUCAGAGGAGAGACUGAAGUUGACGCAAAAUAA